AUGGUGAGAAAGAAUCUUGGUCGUAGAAAGAUAGAGAUAGAGAAAAUAAAAAAUCAAUCAAACCUUCAAGUUACAUUUUCAAAGAGAAGAUCUGGUCUUUUUAAAAAAGCCAGUGAACUUCGCACGUUAUGUGAUGCAGAAAUUGCGAUCAUCGUGUUUUCCCCAGGUGGAAAAGUUUACUCGUUUAGACAUCCAAAUGUUAACGUUUUACUUGAACACUUUUCAGGACGUGUUCUAAGAGAUAACAACACAAACCUUGUUGAAAUCAACAGAAAGCUCUACAUUUAAAUGCUCAAUGAUUCCUUAACUGAGGUGAUGGCCGAAAAAGAAAAAGAACAAAGGAAGAAGCGUUCGUUAGUCCAAAAUGAAAGAGAAAACAAGAACGCUGAGAAGUGGUGGGAAAAAUCUCCAAAAGAACUCAAAUUAACUCAAUUAACAUGUAUGAAACAUGUUCUUGAAGAUUUGAAGAAGAAAGUUGGUGAAAUAACCUCUUACGUUUUUCAGACAAACCCAAACUAUUAUGUCGGAAGUUCUAGCAAUGUUGCUUCUCUAGCGACUGUUAGUGGUGGUAAUAUCUCCACAAACCAUAAUUUCUUUGAUCAAAACGGAACCUCUCCUUUUCAAACGAUGCCGUUUGGAUUAGAUGUUAUGAAUUAG